AAACAUGAAAAACAUGAUAAAUCUAAACAGAAUCGAGAAUACGAAGAAGGUGAUGCUAGAUAUGGAUUUACAGAUGUAAUGCAUCAUGAUAGACCUCACUCCACUCCAUCUGCAAGUUGCGCUCAGUACAGCAAAAUAUUAAAUGGAAAUAGAUGGUCCAUUCCUGAAAGUAAUGAUAGAUGGCAGAGCAUUAAAGAAGAGAUACCCGUUACGCAUCAUCCCCUUCUCGUGGAUGGAAGUGAACUUUCUGACGCUGAAUGUGAUCGAGAAUAUAAGUUUUCAUCAGGAAAUGGUAUAAAAACAACAGUAUUGCUACAGUCCAAUUGGUAAUUUUGAAGUCCAAGAGAUCUUAUCAAGACGUCCAGAAGAAGAAAGUUCAUUUCUUUUUUUCCAGAAGGAUCAUUUAAUUAUGAAUGUAAUUGGAUUAAUGUGAAAAUAAAUUAGUAUCUUUACUCUUCAUCUGUAACAUCUGUCAAAUUUUAAUCGCAUACCCCAAUAUGUACAGAUGUAAAUUGUGUUUCAAAUUCAAAAAAAAAACUGUGAAUAAAU